UUGCCCAACAAAAGUACUUGACCGGCCCAUGUUUCUUCCUCGACUCUCCCCUUAAACCCUACUAAAAUUUAUCCCCGAGUUGCAGCCAUGUCUUUGCUUGAAACUAUUACAAAGGCAUCAGCCAACAAGACCCACCUUACUUCUGAUUCAAACUACCCGAUUCCCCUAAACGCAGAUCCAAUUUUACUCGGUCUAAAACCCCAGAGUAAAAUUUCAUCACUUCUCUCAAAAUGUGAUGAUGGGUGGGAGAUAUCUAAGCUUGAUUUGCAGAUUAUUGAACUGGGUCAGAAGUUCGUGAAGGCCCUGAAAAGAAAAUUGAAAAACCCUAGUAGGUUUGGCAAGAUUGAGUUUUUAGAGAUGUUGGAGGGUUUUUUUGGUUCUUGUGGUGAGAAAAUUGGUGUUUCUGUUGGUGAGGAUGAUGGGGUUGAGAAAUUGAUUGGAAAGUUUGGAUCUUUAUUGGGUUUUGAUGCGUUGGUAUUGGUUUUAGAGGGUUGUGUUGUUUUGGAGGUUUGGGAGGUUUUGGAAAGUUUGAUUGUUUUUGGGUUUGUGACUCCGUUGGUUUCGGGUAAUUUGGUUGGUAAUUUGAUUGUGAAAGGAAGGUCUGAGUUGGUUUGUUUGUUUUUAAAACAUGUUAAGGAUGUUCAAUUGGGUGAUUUUGUUUCGAUUUUGAAGUAUUUUUUGAGUCCUUCGAGAGAGGUUUAUGGUAGUAUGGUUAGUUUGAGGAAGGAUUGGGAGGGUGAGGUUUUAGAGGCUAUUGAGAGGGCAGAUGUUAAAGGGAUUGGAGGGAAAGUUAGGAAUUUAGCUAAGGAGGCUGCAGUUUUGUUGAUGGUUGCGUAUGAUGGAUUUUCGGCUAAUGAGUUGUGUUUGCAUUAUCUAAUUGCACGUAAGGAUCUCGAUGAAGUGAUGUUUUUGUCGUGUGUUAGUAAGUUAAAUGGUGAGGAGUUGAUGAGUUUGAUUCGGUACUUGGGGAAGUGGUUGAGGAAGUAUGAAAGGUUUCCUCAAGCAUAUCCUUGUCCUAAAGGUUCGUCUGUGUUGGGGUUGAAAGCUUGUAAUUGGGUUCCUACGCUUGCAAAUGUUGUGAAGUGUUUUGGAUUGGUUGUGGAUGAACAUUUCUCUUCAAUGGUUCUGCAGUCGGAGUUUCAUGAAGAGCUGAGAUCUCUUGAGAGAGUUGCUAAUUCAUUAUCUUCUGAAGCAACGGUCUGUUCUACUGUGACAAAUUUAGUUGAAACCCUCAAACCAGAACUCAAAGGUAAAGACUAGUCAUACCUAGAAGAGCUGACAAGACGAUGAAGUAUGUCUGCAGUAGUUCAACUUUUGAAGGAAGGAAAAUGUGUCCGGGAAAAUGUACUCAUAUCUAAGUUGAAUUUGACAGAAAUGGUCUCACUGGAGAGACAUUGUAUGAGUUGACACUUAAUUACGGAACUGAGGCCUGAUGUAUCGUUCAUGUUAAGGUCGCAUGAUUAGAUUUUUGCUCUUUCUAUAUUACUAUAUAUGUGAAACAUCUCGCGAGUUUUUACAGCAUCCUUCUGUUUUGCCUUCA